GGCAGGGCGGGAAGACCUAGAGGAGACCGUGAGGAUUAGUCUAGUCCAACCCCUCGCCUUUGUUCCAACGUGUCGUUGUCCCACUGGGCCUCAGUCGGAGAGUGGGAGAGUCAGAGUCCCAGUUGUGAAGUUUCCUGACUUGGACGGGGGAAUCGCCCGAAGUGCAAGUGCGAGAUGCAAGUGGGGAAGCCCGUCCUCUACUCCUAUUUCCGAAGCUCCUGCUCCUGGAGGGUUCGAAUUGCUCUGGCCUGGAAGGGCAUCGACUAUGAAACAGUGCCCGUCAACCUCAUAAAGGAAGGGGGCCACCAGUUCUCUGAGGAAUUCCAGGCACUGAACCCCAUGAAGCAGGUGCCAGCCCUGAAGAUCGAUGGCAUCACCAUCAGCCAGUCACUGGCCAUCAUUGAGUACCUGGAGGAGACUCGGCCCACUCCACGACUCCUGCCUCAGGACCCGAAGAAGAGGGUCCUUGUACGCAUGAUUUCCGACCUCAUCGCCAGCGGCAUCCAGCCCCUGCAGAACCUGUCUGUCCUGAAGCAAGUGGGACAGGAGAACCAGCUGGCCUGGGCCCAGAAGGUCAUCAGUUCCGGCUUUAACGCUUUGGAGCAGAUCCUGCAGAGCACAGUGGGGAAGUACUGUGUGGGAGACGAGGUGUCCAUGGCUGACCUCUGCUUAGUGCCUCAGGUGGCAAAUGCUGAAAGGUACAAGGUGGACCUCACUCCCUACCCUACUAUCAACCGAAUCAACAAGUCACUGCUGGCCCUGGAAGCCUUCCAAGUGUCUCACCCCUGCCGGCAGCCAGACACGCCCCCGGAACUGAGGGCCUAGCUCUCGGACCAUGCACCACCACCAGUGCAGGAGCAGAAGCUUGGGUGGGCUGACCAGGCCUGAAAAUGAGCAAGCCCUAACUGGAGAAGCAGGAGACUGGUACUCCUAGCCCUUGAACUUGAACUGUAGCCCUGGAUCUGCCUUUGCACUGAACCUCUUUCUGCCUUUGUCCCUUCAUCUGUCAAAAGUGAUCAGGGUGGCCAUGAUUGGGUGACUCGGUUGGUGGGAGCAUCGUCCCAUACACCAAAAGGUUGC